CUGAGAAAUCAACGCCCGUCAUUGACGAUUGAUGCUAAUGCAUCGACAUGGCCGCUGCAGACACGCGCGAGCCAGGUGUGCCGUCAAAGAAGCUUGCAAGAAGACGUGCGAGGAGCUGGCCCAGAGCGCACUCGACAAGGCCAGGGGACAAAGAGCUUCGUCCGGCUCCUCUUUCAUCAUCGAUGCUCAAUCGCUGAGCUAUCGCUUCACCUUGAGCCAUGCGUCAAACCUGGCUAGUGAUGCCCGCCAGGCCAUCUUUAAGCUUCUCACGGCGAACAUGCAGCCUCUUUACGGAGCCUCAUCGGCGGGUUGGGACCCCAUCGGAAAGGAACAAGAGCUCUUUGACGACGCCUCGCGCUUCAUCUUGGUUCAUCGCGCCGAUUCUUCUUUUGACGACCUCGCCGCCUUUCUCAUGUUUCGCUUUGACGUCGAAGAGUGUUCAGUAAAUGACGAGCUCGCGAGAUUUGCGUCCAUCCCGCCAACUCAAAGUCCAGACGGAGGGCAAGCACGGCAAGCACGGCAAAGGCCGCCAGAUGGUUGUGCUGACGAAGGUGACAAAUGUUUCCGAGACAACAGCGACGAUGAGAGCAACAAGGGCAUAGACAUGGACGCAGAUGAGGAUCUCGAAAUUGAAGUGGCCUACCUCUAUGAGGUGCAGGUCAGCGCCCGGCAUCAGCGCAUCGGCCUCGGUGCAAAGCUGGUCCAGGCGCUAGAAGACAUGGCGGGCGAAGCAGGGAUGGCAAAAGUUGUCUUGACCGUCUUUCUCGCCAACAAAGACGCCGUGUCCUUCUAUAAGCGGCUGAAGUAUAAGAUCGAUCAAAUCAGCCCAAGCAUCGUCCUGGGGCCCAAAGAAGCAAAGCAACAAGGCUUCGAUUACCACAUCAUGAGCAAGUCUCUGAGAAUGUCUCUUUUCGUAGCUAAGUCGUAGCCUUCGGAAAAAGACGGAAGGUGAUCAGAAUGACUUUUUUCAAUUGAGUGGCUUGCUUGAAUGGGGAGAACAAAAAUGGGCC